AUGGACUCUAUGAAGUCGAAGAGCGCUAUGCUCAUGACCAAGGGCAUCAUGGACAUGCGCGUUGAUCCACCACGACUCAUCUGCACCAUCUUGCGGUACAGGCACCCGGAAACGAAGAAGGAGGUGACACUCUACCCGAUCCCGAACAUUGCCGCCCCUGCGUACUUCCAGCGCGUUUUGAAUGGCGACGCGCUGCAAAACAACUUCGACAGGAUCCUCUGCGAGGACGGCCGGUUGCCCUUCCAGGCCGGCUCAGCGAGCGCCGCGCGACAGCAGCUGCUGCGCCGCCUGCUUCCCUUUUUCAGCAUUCGCCCUGUCGUAGCAGACGGUGAAAAAUUCGAUGGCAUCAUCGUUCGCGACGCGCUGGAGUCUCGUAUGGCAUAUCAGAUGGUGCUGGACGGGUACGACCCGCCAGUGGACCCGCGCGCCCGUCGCGCAGUGGAACGGAUCGACACAUACCCGGAGAGCACGCGCGUCGUUGUCCCCUGGGGUGUCUACCACAUGCCCUACUUUCGCUACCGCCUGGAGAAGGAGGGGUACAAGGCGCUGCCGUCGGAGGAGGUGGUUGUGUUCGGCUUCCACCAGGUGAUGGUGUUCUUUGUUCUCUCCGGCGUUAUGGUCUUCGCCAUGUCGUUUGUUGUUUUCCGCAUCUUGUUCGGUUAA